AUGGAGCGGCUGAAUAGCCUUGUGGUUGUCCUAUUGUUACCAUUACUGUGCUUUUUUCAUCAAUAUCGGUUGGAAAGUGUUAUUUUCUCCCAGAUGAUUAACUUCGCAGACAUUCCAAAAGAUAUGGAAAAAAUUUAUCAUGGAACCAAACCAAGUUUGAUAUCUUGUGGAAUUCAUUGCCUUAAGUUCCCGCGUGCAUUUUCUUUCGUCGUCUGCAGAGAUUCCAACAACACAAUAGAUUGUUAUUGCACUGCCGUAACUGACUUUUAUCAUUCAAGUACAGAUAAAUCCUGUUCGGUGUUUACAAAGCCCAAGUGUAAAAACGAUGGAUAUUUUGAUGGAAGAGUAUGUAACUGUAAGGACGGUUUCAUAGGAUCUAUGUGUGAAAUAGAGGUGAACUCCAGUUCAUGUCAGAACGAGAAUGUAAGAAUCGUCGAUCCUAUGACUACAGCUGCUUUACAAGACGUACUUCGUGGUAAAGGAACAUUAAAGCAACAAGUUCAUGUUGAUAACCUCGAUAUUAUCUAUAACACUUUCUUCUUUUCUACAUCUGACCACGGUGGAAUUUCUGAGUCCAUAGAACAUCUUGAAAUAGAUAUCCGCAAUCGUUCCAAUUCAGAAGUGUAUCGUACUCAUCGAAUGUUUAUGGUAAGCAACGAAAUGGCGACGUUACGUCUUGGAUUUGGUACUGCAAACGUAAUGGAGAUGGCAACAGAAACCAGUAAUGUACAAUUGAAGGGGUUAAUAAACGAACGAAUAGGUUUCACAAAUAUCGUAUGUUUAGAUGUGAAGAAUGGCCAGGUUGUAUCCGGUUCUGCUAAAGAUUGCUUUCGGGGUGUUUUAAAAGGAUUUGCGCCGACUUUUGCUGAAUACUCACAUCAUAGAGUCGAUUCUGUACAACUUAAAAACAAUGAACUAUUUUUUAAAUUGAUGUCAAAAAUGGUGAGAAGAGAAUCCAAAACGGAAUACGCUAGUUAUCCGGCACAGUCUGGCCAUCACCGAAUAAAUAGUCGUGGUAUUUCGAGUCACAUAUACUGGAAUAUUAACACAAAUUCGUUGUCUAAAUGGAUAAACUUUGAACUACCAAAUUAUAUUAUAUACUUGGACACAACUUGGCACCUUGCCUACUCUAACGACUUGUUUGGUAAUCCAAAUUACGGUUUCUUGGCAUACUUGUAUGAUUCAGUUGUGGGUGGGAAGAGAGUACGAGUUGCUGUUGAUGGCCGAAUUUACUCUGUAUCAAAUACACAUUUGAACCACGAACACAUCACAGUGUGUGUAACUGACGUGUAUAACGAAGAAGCUUGGACACAGCAAAGACCAGUUCAAAUACGACAAGAGGUUUCCACCGACGGCGAUUACAGAUUGUGUUCUUUUCAAUCGGAAUCAGAUUUGGAGACGUCGAGUUCAAGUGGAUUGGAUAAAGUUACGUGGUUUGUUGAAAAUCGUUGUUGGAAGGAGAUAAUCAAGUUCGGUUAUGACAAAACUGUCGUUUCAGGAACAGUGCAAGAGUUAUUUCAGGUAGCUUCAUCCGGUAAAUCCCUGAGAAUUGUAGUGGCAUCAUCAUCAACCAAGCUGGAGAUCAUUGAUGUGAAUAUAGUGUACCUGUUCAACGGCAGCCGAGUUGUUCUAGAUUCGGGUUCUUUUGGCAUCAUAGAUCAAACAAACGGCAGAGACCUCACAUGCCUCCAAAAGUCAUAUUCUUUUUAUUCCGACGGAAUGUUGGAAUAUUCUAUAUGGCCUGCAAGUAGAAGUUCGCCGGUACUAAGACUUUAUGUAUCUAGUUAUACCUAUAUAAAAGUUUUGAGCGAAUACUAA